AAUCUACUUCCUGUCUGAACCGGAGGUUGUCAUUUGCGACUCCAGAACCGCGUCAAACUACGACGGCGAACCUCGUUACCAAGUACUACUACCAAAACAAAGCAUUUCUUUUCAUUCCUGUUGAUAUAGUUUGAAAUUCUGCGUCAACAUGUCGCAUUAUAAGGCUCCAGACCACAAGAGAGAGCAAUUUCGGAGGUACUUGGAGAAAGCUGGUGUUGUUGAUAGUCUUACUAGUGUUUUAGUGGCGCUGUAUGAACAACCGGAGAAGCCUACCAACGCUCUGGAAUUUGUCAAGCAGCACCUCGGCACCCCCGGCGGCCUAACUGCGGCGGACACGGCGGCUCUGCAGCAGGAAGUGGUGGACCUGAGGCAAAAGUGUGCCAGGCUGGAGGAGGAGAACCAGGAACUCAAAGCUAGGCUGCAGUGCGACGAGCAACCUGACGAAAGCGCGGCGCCUGCGACAGAAUAGACUCCAAACUCCAAAGGGGUUUGAUUGCCUUACAUUUUGAUGUUUCAUUUGGUUAGUGUGGCUUUAAAAAUAAGUGCCUUUAUCAAAACUCACACUAUUUAUGGAGAUGACACCUUAGAAAAUAUAUUUUAUUUCGAGGCACACAUAUCACUGCUUGAAUUUAUUAUGAUCAUAUUUACAAAAAAAAUCAGUUGAUAUGAUCAGGUGUACAUUCAAGUUGGAAUGUCAUGUUCAAUUCUUAAUUUAAAAAUUGUAAUUGGGUUUCAGUUACAAUCACAAAACACUGCAGAGGAAAUAUCAAAAUGAAAGUCAUUUGCCUAUAUAGUAAAUACUGCACAUUGUUUGACUUAAAUACACAAAAGAGGAGGUAACAUUUUGUCACAUUCUAUGAGUUUAACUGAUAAAAACCAUGUUUUGCACAUGCUAA